AUGUUAUUUUCCGGCAAAACAACCUCCACCGAAGACAGUAUUAGUCUCAUUAACUCCAAAACAACAAUACUAGGGCAAAAACUAUACGUCGUCAUCGCCGUUACAGUAGCAGGUAUCGCAGUGGUUUUCCUACUGAUCUUCCGCUUUCUUCUUCAUAAACAUAAAUCGAAACGUCGUAAUAGAAGAAUGCUAGUCAAUCAGGGCUCAGAAGUGUUGCAUUUGGCGUCGGAAACGGUGAAUGUCGAAGCGAACAUGAAAUGCUUAGAUCAAACUGAUGAGAAAUCGACGAAAUCAUUAAUUAGUAUGUUUGAGAUGGAUGAUGAUGAUGAGGGAUACGAGAGUAAACUGAUAAUCAAAGUUGUUGAGGGGAAAUCAGAUGAUGAUACAUCGCCAUCGGGAAGCAACGAGUCGAGUACAGGUACGAGUGGGAGUGGGAGCGAUGUGGCGUCAUCUUCGGUCUCUGCGGAGAGUUUGAAGAACAUUGGUUGGGGGCGAUGGUUCAGCUUGAACGAGCUUGAAAUUGCGACGAAUAGAUUUGCAGCGGAGAAUGUGAUCGGAGAAGGAGGAUACGGUGUUGUGUACAGAGGAGUUUUACACGAUGGUUCCACGGUGGCGGUGAAGAAUCUUCUUGACAACAGGGGACAAGCGGAAAAGGAAUUUAAAGUGGAGGUUGAAGCCAUUGGAAAAGUAAGGCAUAAAAACCUCGUUGGUUUAAUUGGAUUUUGUGCAGAAGGUGCUAAGAGGUUGCUUGUGUAUGAGUAUGUUGACAAUGGAAAUCUGGAGCAAUGGUUGCAUGGAGACACGGGACCCACCAACCCACCUCUAACUUGGGAGAUCCGCAUGAAGAUCGCCAUUGGGACUGCAAAAGGAUUGGCGUAUUUACACGAAGGGUUGGAGCCAAAAGUUGUUCAUCGUGAUGUUAAAUCAAGCAACAUACUCGUGGAUAAAAAUUGGAACGCAAAAGUAGCUGAUUUUGGACUUUCCAAAUUACUCGAAUCUGGUAAAAGCUAUGUGACUACACGAGUAAUGGGGACAUUUGGAUAUGUGUCACCUGAUUAUGCAAGCACAGGAAUGCUUAAUGAAGGAAGCGACGUGUAUAGCUUUGGAGUUUUACUUAUGGAAAUAGUCACCGGAAAGAGCCCAGUUGAUUAUUCUCGACCACCUGGAGAGAUGAACCUGGUUGAGUGGUUUAAAGGAAUGGUGGGGAGUCGUCAAGGGGAGGAGUUGCUAGAUCCAAAGAUCAAUGUACGCCCUUCUCCAAGAGCUUUAAAAAGAGCAUUGUUGGUGUGCCUUAGAUGUAUAGAUAUGGAUGCAAGUAAGCGUCCAAAAAUGGGACAAAUUGUACACAUGCUCGACUCAAAUGAAUUUCCUUUUCGUGGAGAACAUCGGCUGCCUAGGGACACGACGAUACCUCGUCCAAAUGCACCUGCUACUUGUAAAUUUCCUUUACAACCGGAUGAUGAUGAACAAAGAUCGAAUUUGAGAUGA